UGAGGGCGCUGUUUUGCAACCGGCAAAUAUUUUUUUAACCUAAUUCACUCAAUGUCUUUUUUAUGUCAACAAAUUUAUCCGAUUUGUAAUUGUUUAGGGAGGGGGAAUUCUACAGUCGUCUAUAGAAUAAACAUGGACCGUUAGGAACAGCAAGUCACAUCUCAUCUACCUCUGUCCAAUCUUGCCCCUUGACGUUUCCCCUUCCUUCACUCCCUAUCCCCUCCUCUGCCCCCCCCCCCCUUCUGCCACACCACACCCGUGACCCCAUGGCUACCCCUAAGGGUAGUGCAGGCUACACCAUCAUUGGGGACAAGUCGGCCGAGUUCUACAAGAAUCCUAUAGCAUUUGCCAAUUGGCGUAUGGAGGAGUAUGGGUCACGGGUGUUUCUGUCGCGUCUGCUCAACAAACCCACUGUUUUCAUUGGUUCCAUCAACGGGGUGAAGGAGCUAACUGGAGAGAAAAAUGCCCACUUUGACAUGGGUUACAGAGCCUUCCUGCAGCCGAUAUUCGGAGAUAACAUCAUGUUUGACGUCCCCACGGAGGCAGCAAGGCUGCACAGGGUGAUUCACCUGAUGUAUGGUGCUCAGACGAUACCAAGCAUUCACAAUCUCAUCCAGAAACUCACUAAGAAACACUUCACCUCGCUUCACAAAAGCCAAUGUGUGAGUGUGUACAAUGUCUUCAAGAGGUUUGCCACCGAGUUGUCGUUGGCGCUUUUCUUGGGCCUAGAUGCAGACGAGCACCCAGAGAUAACAGAAAGUAUCAUUGCACUCACCACUACACACUGGCAUGGAAUUAUCUCCAUACCACUGAGUCUGAGAGUCUCCAUGUUUACAUCGACAUUCAGCAGAGCCUUGGAGGCAAAGGGAAAACUAUUAGAGAUUAUCCAUGAGAGGUUGGCGCACAUUCAGGAUGGCUCGCUGUUGGAGCAGAUGACCCAGGCAGGUUUCCAGACAACGGCAGAAAUGGAGCAACACACGCUACUCUUCACGUCGGCUCUCGUACCCAAAGCUCUGGCUUCUAUGAUGACGUCAUUUGUAUUGGCCACAGGAGGCCCAGACAAAAAAGCCUUGAGGAGACAAGCAAGUAGCGAGAGUGAAUGUCUAAGACAUAUUCUACUUGAGGUCGAGAGACUUUGGCCACCAUUCCUGGGAGGUAGAAGGAUUGCAAAUAGGGAAUGUGUAAUUGACGGCUACAAGAUACCCAAGGAUCAUGCCGUUGUGUACAUCACUCAUGCAGCUCACAGAGAUCCGACUGUCUUCUCGCAUCCAGAGACGUUCAGACCAGAACGCUGGUCAGAAAGGGGAUCAGAUGCGAGUUUGCUCUUCACGUAUGGCGGUGGGGCGCGUUCCUGCGUCGGUACUGCACUGAUGAAGACAAGCAUUGAGACCGUCUGCAAAUAUCUCGUGGAUCAUUACGACUGGAGUGUCCCGGCUGGUCAAGAUUUGUCCUACAAGUGGCUCCCUGUGUCUAGACCCAAGGAGAAACCGGUAGCCUGCUUCAAAACAAGACAUCCAUCAGGGGAACCAAUGACGGCCAACUCAGUGAAUCAUUCCUGAAGCUAGGAAUCAUGUACGAGACAAAUUAUGGGCUCUGUGCACAAGUACCCCCUCAACGGUAAGAAAGGGAGAGUUGGGGAGACCACUGGGAGGGACAUUGGAAC